AUGCCAGACCUCACGGCCGCCGAGCUCAGCAUUCCGGCCGAGCAGCACCCCGAUCCCGCAAAGCCACUGGUGAUACCCGUCGACUCAACAGUGGUAGGCUCUACUAUGCGCUUCAUUCCGUGGUCUGUGGUGGGCAAUCCGGCCCUCCUCCAGCUGCCCCCUCCUCCUCCGGGGAUGCAACCGUCGUGGGCCCAGAUUCCGCAGUGGGUCGCCAUCAGUGCGCUGCUCCCCUUCAGUGAGCCCGAGCCCGCUGUGGCCGCCCACUUUGACAGGCUCAGCGUCUUGCGGCUGGCCGUAUCGGCCGCGGCUUGGCGCCGCAUCCUCGGUGCCUUGUCCGACCUCGGCGUUUUCGGCACGGUGCACGUGGAUGAGGAUGCGUUCCGUACGGUGUGCAUCCAGGCUCUGCACUCCCGCCAAAUCCCGGUGCCCGAGCUCUAUCUGCAGUGGGGCGAUUUGGGGCACUCUGAGGCUAUCGUGCCCUUGGGACCAGCGCCAUCUGCAGAAGCGAAGGCCGUCGACUUCUUGCAGUACGCGACGGUCGGGGCUCUUUGCGACCCUACGGCCGACGUCCCGUUCGCAGCCCUGUCUGACAUGACCCGCUGCUUGGGGCCCGUCUUCACGGCGGCGGCGCGCGUUGAUCCCAUGGGGAGCGCCGUCGUGGGGGCUGCAUCGCUCGCCGCCGCCGCUGGUCACAUUACUCCACGAGCGAGCGAUGGGCAUCCCGCCCUGCUCUCUCGGCAUGUGAUCAGCAUGCUGAAGACUACCCGCUCGAGUUUCCCGGCCUGCCUGAGGACCAACUCCUUUCAGAACUACUCUGCGGAGGUUGAGACUCGCGCCGAGUAUGUGGGCGGGACCACCGUGGCGCGCGACCGAGUGGCCGAGCAGCGUUGCCCGCGCGCUAUUGCAGCCAAUAAGCGGCGAACGAGGCACGGUGCCUCUGCUGCUGUGGCAUGCCUCGCGGCUGCGACUGGCCGGCGCCUCGGCGCGUCAGCUCGGCUCGGCGUAGCGAUCGUGGCCAGCGCAACUCGCUUGGACUCAACGCUCAGCCAGGAGCUCCCGCACGCGCUGGCGCGAAGCCUCUACAACAAACUCUACAACAAAAUCGCGCUCUACAUCGCUCUACAACGGAGGCAGUUCGUCACGCAGCCGAUGUAG